UACAGUUUCGAAUUUCUAUUGGUCAUUGUAUAAUACACAGUUUAAUUGUAUGUUUGCCAGCAUGAUUAAAACUAGCGGAAUAUCAUGUCAAUUAUGAUAGACAACUUCAAGAUACAGAAAUUUAAUUAUAAUAACAAGAAAGGAUAAAAUUAUAUUUUUUUUUCAAGAUUUUAAGAUGUCGGAUAUAAGCAAACCACAGAAAGUGACUGAUACAACGGACAUACAAAUUCAACAAAUACUGCCGUCUCGAAUACAUUAUAAAAAAUGUGUAUAUCCUCUGUGUGGUAUUACAUCGCGGGAUAAAAUAUCGGGUGUCACUUUUCAUGCAUUUCCAAUUCGCCACAACAAUCCGCAUUAUAAUAUUUCUAAUGAAUCUAACAAACCAGAGCAGGAUACCAAUGCUCUGUUAAAACAAUUAGCAAGGGUCACUGCUGAUCUAGAACGAGUGAAGAAAAAAUCAGAUGCUCAACGUAAACGACUAAAUGCUAAGCGUAAAGCCAUAUCUCGCCUAAGGCAAAAGAUUGAAACAGGUGAAAUACCUGAUUUAAGUUUAAGAGGAGCAAUUGCAAGGAAAGUGAAAGGAUGUGCACGAACUUUCAUCAACAUGCAAAUAUUUCAUAAACCAUCACAGCCUUACACGUCAGCACAACAGAAGUUAUGCAUGGAGAUGCAAUGUAUUUCUCCCAUUUUAUAUAGAAAAAUGUAUGAUGAAUUUGGCUUUAAAUUACCUUGUCCAGUUACUGUAAACCGGUGGUUUGACAAAAAAUACUGCAUCGUCAAAACCAAAUCAACGUUAGGUAUAUCUUGCACUAAGCCUUUGAUUUUGGAAGAGGAGGAUCAUGAGCAAAGAGUGUUAGGAGAAGGUGAAACGGAGCAAGAAGAGCUGGAACAGGAUGAACUCAUGCAAAAAGAAUUGGAUCAAGAAGAAAUGGAAGAAGAAGUGUUGGAACAAGAAGAGUUGGUGUUGGAGGAAUUAGUUGAAGAAACAUGAAAACAUCAUUUACCUGUUAGGCCAUUAUUUUUUAAAGAUUUACUACAGUAUGAAAAUAUGUAUGCAUACAGUCUCAUUCAGAGCUAAAACUGGCUUACGUUAUCUAGGUUUACUGACUGUGCCUCAUUUUUGUGAAUUUAAACCUUGUUAUAGUAAUAAUCUUAAUCUAAUUAAUAAAAGAGGGUAAGGUAAGGCAUAACCAAUGGGCUUCAAUUUAUAGAUACAAAUAAAAAUAGUGGCAACAUUAGAGUACACUUCACUGAUGA